GGCGGAGGAGGAGGAGGAGGAGGAGGAGCCCAGCGUCCCGUAGCCUACCUUGGUGGAUCAAGUGGAGACUGUGGAGUCUGUGUGGAGAUACGCUAAGAGGACUAGGAAAAGUUUUUUGGCUACUUUAAUAUCCAUGACAUUUAUCAGGGGCUCUACAGAGAGGAUUCCAGGAAUCUUGCCAUGUUCAAGGCAGUGCUGAAGAAGAACAGAGAUGGAGGAAAGGGGAGCAAGAAGGAUUCAGGUGAUGUUCACAGUUACAGUGCCCAAAGAAGAUUGCCACAUGAGGGAAACCCCCAGCCCCAGGGGCCUGGCAGUGGGCACCCUAAUGUACAGGAUGAUGUUUUCAGGCUAAGUCUUGCCAAGGGAGUGUCCAUGUCUCUCCCCUCAUCACCUCUCCUGCCACGACAGUCCUACAUGAUGCCCUUACGCCCCAGCAAGAGAUCACCAGGUCCGAGCAGGAAACCCAAAUAUGUGGAGAGUCCUCGCGUUCCUUCUGAUGCCAUCGUGUCAGCGCUGAGGAAGGUGGCCGAUAACAAGGAGUCCUCGCACAAUGAGCUGCAAGCAGAGAAGCAGCCAAGCUCCUCCUCCCCUGCCACCCAGGAACUGAUGACAAGGCUGGGCUUUUUACUGGGAGAAGGGAUCCCGGGUACGGCACGCAUACCUAUGGAUGACAAGAAUGAAAAGAAGUGCUCUGUGACUAGCCAGGGUAUUAGCCCCUGCUCUACACUGACCAGCAGCACGGCAUCUCCCAGCACUGAUAGUCCAUGUUCCACGCUCAACAGCACAACCGGCCGACCCCCUCUCAGCCGCUCCAGCCCAUGUGGGACCAUCACCAGUCCCAGCUCCACACUUGAGAGCAAAGACAGCGGGAUCAUAGCCACCAUCACUAGUUCCUCGGAGAACGAUGACCGCAGCGGCUCCAGCCUGGAGUGGAGUAAAGAUGGAAGCCUGAGAGGCAGUGGGCGCCAUGGCUUGGCACAGAGCGUGCGGGCCGACACCUGCUCUCCUGUGGCCGAAGAAGACUCCAACAGUGCCACAGCAACGCCAGCCGACACCCCAUCCAGGACAGACCAGCAGCAACAGCAGCAGUCCAACAUAUCAGCAGGGGCAUCAGCACCAUCGCAGCCUCCGAGCCGCUCACCUGAGGGACCCAUUCCAUACCCACCGCAGACAUCCUCUUCCCUCAUGAUGCCAAGGCCAAACUCUGUAGCAGCAACCAGUUCCACUAAGCUGGAAGACCUGAGCUUUCUUGAUGAACAGCGCAACACCCCCCUGCGGACGUCCAUUCGCCUACCCUGGCACAAUACAGGAGGAAGGCCACCUCAGGACUCUAAAGCUCGUUUUGCUCCCUACAAACCAGUGGACAUCAUGCUCAAGCCUUUGUUGUUUGAGGUGCCCAGCAUCACCACAGAUUCUGUGUUCGUGGGCCGAGAUUGGCUCUUUCAGCAGCUGGAAGACGUCCUGAAGGCCAGCGAAUCCACUGAGAACCAGGGCGCUGUAGUGGUGGGCAGCGUGGGUUAUGGGAAGACUGCCAUCAUCUCCCGGCUAGUAGCACUGAGCUGCCACGGAGGCCGCAUGCGUCAGAUUGCCUCUAACAGUCCGAGUGCCUCCCCUAAAAGUGGUGGGGGACCAAGCACAGAACUUCCUCUCAGCCAGCCCCCACAGCCCACUCCACCUUCCAGCGCUACCAACACGUUGAGGACCAACAGCUGCCCGGGGACCCCCGAGAUGCAGCGGCGCAGGGAGGCAGCCGUCAAACGUCUGGCUGCAAAGGUGGUGGCAUAUCACUACUGCCAGGCGGAUAACACUUACACUUGCUUGGUACCAGAGUUUGUACAUAGUAUUGCAGCUCUGCUGUGCAGAGCACACCAGCUCAGUGCGUACAGGGAGCUGUUACUGAAAGAGCCCCACCUCCAGAGCAUGCUCAGUCUGCGCUCCUGUGUCCAGGACCCAAUGGCUGCUUUCCGGAGGGGGGUCCUGGAGCCACUAGCCAAUCUUCGUAAAGAGCGUAAGAUUCCAGAGGAGGACCACAUUAUCUUGAUAGACGGGCUGAACGAAGCAGAGUUUCAUAAGCCUGACUAUGGAGACACCAUUGCCUCCUUCAUCACUAAGAUCAUUGCCAAGUUUCCUUCCUGGCUGAAACUGGUGGUCACUGUCCGGGUCAACUUACUGGAGAUCACCAGCCUUCUGCCCUUCUCCAAGAUCUCCCUGGAUGACUUUUCUGACAACAAAGAGAUAAGCAACGACCUCAAUGCAUAUAUCCAGUACCGUAUCAAUGGCAGCAAGGAUAUCAUGAACAAUAUUAGCCUGAAUGGCAAGGCCGAUCCUAUCACAGUUGGCAAACUCAGUAGCCACCUGAUCUCUCGCAGCCAGGGUUCCUACCUGUAUCUCAAACUCACCCUGGAUCUGUUUGAAAGAGGCCACCUGGUGAUCAAAAGCGCCAGCUACAAAGUUGUGCCCGUGUCGCUGGCUGAGCUCUACCAGUUACAGUGCAACAUGAAGUUCAUGACCAAUUCAGCUUUUGAACGUUCACUGCCCAUCCUCAAUGUGGCGCUUGCCUCACUGCACCCCAUGACUGAUGAACAGCUGUUCCAGGCCAUCAACGCCAGCUUCAUCCAAGGGGAGCUGCAAUGGGAGGACUUCCAACAACGCAUGGAGUUGCUCUCAUGCUUCCUCAUCAAACGGCGGGACAAGACGCGCAUGUUUUGCCACCCCUCCUUCAGAGAAUGGCUGGUGUGGAGAGCUGAUGGCGAGAGCGCAGACUUCCUCUGUGACCCCAGGACUGGCCAUGCUCUUAUGGCUUUCAUGUUGUCCCGCCAAGAGGGGAAACUGAAUCGUCAGCAGACCAUGGAGCUGGGACAUCACAUCCUCAAAGCGCACAUCUUCAAGGGCCUGAGUAAGAAAACAGGUGUGUCAUCCAGUGUGCUGCAGGCUUUAUGGAUCAGCUGCAGUGCCGACGGCCUCUCUGCAGCUUUGGCCUCCCUGAGGAAUCUCUACACACCCAAUGUCAAGGUGAGUCGUCUGCUGAUGCUCGGUGGGGCAAACGUGAAUUACCGUACAGAGGUACUGAACAACGCGCCAGUGCUUUGCGUCCAGUGCCACCUUGGUCACCAGGAAAUUGCCUCUCUGCUGCUGGAGUUUGGCGCCAAUGUAGACGUGGUGUCUGAAAAUGGCAUGAGCCCCCUUUGCUUCGCAGCUGCCGCAGGACACCUGGGACUAGUCAUGCUGCUCUGUAAGAGGGGCAAGGUUGAUCAUGUGGAUAAGAGUGGCCAGUGUGCGCUGGUCCAUGCUGCUCUUCGGGGACACCCAGAGAUUAUCCAGUACUUGCUGGAGCUGGAAUGGAGUGCUGAGGGGCAGCAGCAGGACUGCGCUCUGAAGAACAAGGCUCUACAGCAGGCUUUGAUAGCAGCCUCCAGCAUGGGACACACACAGGUUGUGAGCAGCUUGCUGGCUUUGAAUAAUGAGCAUGCUGUGCAAAUUGAUAGCCACGACACUCUGUGGGGAGAGACAGCAUUGACAGCGGCAGCAGGCCGGGGGAAGAUGGAGGUAUGCAGCUUCUUGUUAGAGCAGGGGGCAGUGGUGCAGCAGGUCAACCGGCGGGGGGUGUCUCCUCUAUUCUGUGCCGUCAGACAGGGACACUGGCAGAUCGCAGAGCUGCUGUUGGAGCAUGGUGCUGACAUUAAUAUCAGUGACAAGCAGGGCAGGACCCUACUCAUGGUGGCUGCCUGUGAGGGUCACCUAAGCACCGUAGAGUUUCUGCUUUCUAAAGGUGCAUCCUUAACUUCGAUGGACAAGGAGGGACUGACACCCCUGAGCUGGGCAUGUUUAAAAGGACAAAAGAAUGUAGUGCAUUUUUUGGUGGAGAAAGGUGCGGUCAUCGACCACACGGACAAAAACGGACGAACUCCGCUGGACCUCGCUGCCUUCUAUGGAGAUGCAGAGAUUGUCCAGUACUUGGUGGAAAGAGGAGCAGUCAUAGAGCACGUGGACUACAGUGGGAUGAGGCCUCUGGACCGGGCCAUAGGCUGUCGGAACACAUCGGUGGUGGUGACUCUGUUGAAGAAAGGGGCCAAGCUAGGGAACGCUGCUUGGGCCAUGGCUACUUCCAAGCCUGAUAUUCUGAUCAUUCUUCUUCAGAAGCUGAUGGAGGAGGGAAACGUGCUUUACAAGAAAGGAAAGAUGAAAGAGGCAGCCCAGAGGUACCAGUACGCCCUGAGGAAGUUUCCUAGAGAAGGCUUUGGUGAUGACCUGAAGGCAUUUAAAGACCUGAGGGUCUCCCUGUACCUCAAUCUCUCCCGCUGUCGCAGAAAAACCAACGAUUUUGGGAUGGCUGAGGAGUUUGCAACAAAAGCACUGGAGCUGAAACCCAAAUCCUAUGAGGCCUACUAUGCCCGCGCAAGAGCUAAAAGAAGCAGCAGGUAA